UUAGAAAAUACAAGCCACCAUCGGAACACCAUCGAAUGAUUACCAUUCGAUGGUGACAAACAUCGGAAGGUCUCCAUUGAAUGAUAAAAACCACUACCAUCGAAAGAAAAACAUCGAUGGUACUGAGACAUCGGUCAUGCCCCUAAAUCAUCAUAGGUACCAGAAGAAACAAUGGCAGCGGCGGCGGGCACCGUGUGAGGGGGAAGACAGAGGACACCAAGAAGUAGCAAGGAGGAGGAUGCUGCAUCGUACACAUAAGGAAGAGUGAGGUGCACGGAGUCCUCCACCCCCCGUCGCCCCCUUCCCCUCCUCCUUCUCCUCCACCUCCUCCUCUGGAGAGAUGCAGCAGAGAGCAGGGUGAUGCACAAAGGGCUGUGCGCGCCGGAGAGGAUGCUGCAUCCUGCAGGAGGAGCAGAGACAGGGAGGAGCAUCCACCUGCUGCAGCCGGGGCUCCCAGCCCAGCGCCGCCGCUGUGUGCCACACUAACUGCUGCUGCUGCUGCUGCUGCUGCAGAGGGGUGGGGGGGAGAAUACUCACUGAGUCAGGGGAGCACACAUCACUGAGCCAGCACAGGUGCUCCAGCACAUCAGUGUACACUCACUGCUCCAGGAGAGACCCUCAUCCAUCCUCCCAGAUCCUGAGCCAGGAGAGAGAGAAAGGAUACAGAAGGGGGAGAGAGAGGGGGCACAUUCUGCAGCCACCUCCACACCAGCUUCCAGAGCCCCUGCACCAGCCAUGCCACCUUGCCUUCUAGGAUACGAGAUUUAUAGGAGAUCAGUGUGCUGCAUACAUUAACCACACGCUGCUGCUGAGAAAUACGUGUUGGAUUCACAAGGUUCUGCAGUCCAGAUUGAGGGAAAAUAGACGUGUAAUCGAAUGGGUCCUCUUGGCAACAGGUGCUGAAGGAUGCAAGAUGCCAAUAGUCCGCGCCCGUCAAGCAGCCUGCAGAUCACUACCGAAGGCCCAGAGAUAAGGCGGGAAUGCAUUGUUCAAGGUUGGACACAAGUGGUGAGGUAUGGAGUGAGUGCCAGAACGAUAAAUUGAUGGACGGCCAAGAAGAGAAAGACUCUGCCCCCGAAGCAGUCAGCACACUUCUAAUUAAUGGGAUUAGUGGAAAUGAGCCACAUGAUCCUGUGGAUGAUGUGAAGUCCUAUGAUGCUGCAGAUGCUCCUGUCACGUUCCCAGCCUUAAUGCAGAAGGAAAUCCAAGCCUGUCACCGAGCAUUGCCACCCAUCAUUUCCAAAGAGCCUUGCUUGCUGGGUCCUCCUUCUCCCCUGAGGUUAUCCGAUACAGCGGAACAUGUUAUCAGUGACCCAUCAGCUCAGGCCAUAUCCCUGACAACCUGUGUCACCAAAGGUCUAAGUACUUGGUCCUUGCCCAGCGACAGUGAAAAAACACCUUUUACCAUCAUGGAACCUGGAGCUUUGUCAGCUCUGACUGGCGACUGCUUGAUGCAGCAAAGCCGGACCUGCCUAGGCUGUUUUAUAGAAUCAAAAGAUGGUGUAGAUCCAGAGCCAGGUGUCAGUUUGAAAAUAGAAGAUAUAAGUAGAGACUAUGACACCUGUCCCGUCUCUGACAUGGGGAUUCAUUGCAUGGGUACAGGAGACAGUCUAAAAUAUGGUGAUCAGCUGCUCUCUGACCAGCUCUUAAGCUUUCCUGUUCAUAAAUCACGAGAAACUGAUAAAAGGGACCAAGACAAGUCUGACAGUGAUUCAGAGGACCCUACGCCAAAAAACUAUUAUGAAGGAUUGCUACUCGACAAAUGCAACGGGGAUGAGGCAUUACUGGCCAACCCUAGCCAGGAGUGGGGCUACUUUGAGUCAUUUAUUAGCGAGAGUAAAAUUGAGCUGCUGGACUUGUGCUCUAAAAAUGAGCUGUCUGUAAACUUAUUUUCAGAGGAAGAUGUGGAUAAUUACAUGUUCGAUGAUGAUGAUUCUACACUUGGCAGUGAUGUGUGCUCCUUAAAGAUCAGGUACGAAUCAUUUCAGGACAAUGUUAGAGAGAAGACAAAUGCUCUUCAAGAAGAUGCUCAGUUUAACUUCUUCCCAAGCGUCUUCACUAAUUGCACCAAGAAGGAAAGCAAAGGAUCAAAUAAGAGGGUAGGAGAUCCUUCUCAAUUUAAAUUAGAAGAAGGUGGGAUAUGGGAAGAUGAUGAUGAAGAGGAAGAUGAUGAAGAAGAAGGGGAGAGUGGGAAAUCUGGCUUGAAUAAAACCUGUGGAAAUAUGGAUGUUGUGCAAUACAUAAGCACCAAAAGGAGCCACUUUCUGGAUUCAGUUAAUUCAGCUGAGGACUCAGGGGAGUACAGUGAUGACAGCUCAUGCAGUGAAUCAUCUUACGAUGUACUAGGAGACAUCAAAGACUGUACAAGAUACCUAUCCCGUGAGCACUCCCAUUCUCUAAUCCAGCCAAAUUAUGGUCUGAGGGUGAAAAGGAAAGUCAGGUACAGUGAUGACUACUUGUACGACAUGGAUUCCCUGGAGAAUGAGAAAGUUGUAGAGAAAAAGGAAGGCACACCAGAUGGAAUCAAAGAAGAAGAUGAUGAUGACUGGUGCCCUAAGAAACGCAGGAAAGUUUGCAGGAAGGAGCCACCUGUCAUCAUCAAGUAUAUCAUCAUCAACAGGUUCAAAGGUGAGAAGCACAUGCUGAUCAAGCUCGGCAAGCUUGAUGCGAAUGAGACCACAGUUACUCUGAGUGAUGACCAGCUUGGGAAAUACCAAAAGCUUGCACCAGUCAAGGAGUACUGGGAAGAAAGGAGGAGGAACACAUCAGCUCUGAGUGCACAGAGAAGUCUUAAUGGCUCAGAAAAUGCCAUUCCACCGAGAAAGAGAAAAGGCCAGCUAGCAAACAGACACCGGUUACAAAGGAUACAAACUAUUGAGCAACCAAUAAGCAGGGAUAUGCUUUCCUCCUAUGACCACAGGCAGGGAUGCAGCAGCAAAGAUAAUGCUAGCCUUAAUGACUUGCCUUCACUAGCUCUGCAAACCCCAAGCUGCGUGAAUGGAUUACACUUAAGUGACAUAGUAGAUGUUGCCCCUGUUAAAUGCAGAUCUUUAGAAAGGGAGCUUAAAUGUGCAGACCGGAAAGUGAUCAGGAGAAUCAAAUUUAAAAGUGAAGCUAGGUUGAAAUGCAAACAGCUAAAACUGGAGCAAGAAAAUGCCAUUAGUACUGCAGAUCCAAUAGAAAACUUUCCUUCCACUGAGAAUCCGGAUUCAGCAGCUCUUUUAAAAGAGGAAACCAUUCAUAGUGCACCAGACAGCUCUCAUCCAUCUCAGUGCCACACUGAUAAUGAAGCUAAAAAUUCCCCAUUUCUACAAGCCACCUGCACUCCUGACAAGCCAUUACCAUCUGCUCACAUCACUACCAAUGUACCAGUUCUCCCUGGAGGGUAUCUACAGACAUUGUUAGAUGCAUCAGACUCAUCUAGUGGCACUGGUAUAACAUACUUUGCCCCUCAUCCCUUGGGGCAGCACUCAGUUAACAUCAUGCAGACAGCAGAAAAACAGUUCAGUUCCCUACAACUUGCACAGAGCUGUGUGCUCUCUCCCCCAUCAGAGUCUGAGCUGCAGCAGUCACCUCAUCACUUAGACAUGGAGCAGAGCUUCCCAGACAUGUGGCAUAGCAAACCCCCUAGCAAUCAGGCUGAGUUCAUAUCAAACCUUAGGGAAGUGUCCAUCAUAUCUGGAGACUUUACCGGUUCUGCAGCUGUAUCAGAUACAGACAUGACAGCCUCUGGAUAUAGUCAAGUUCAUUCGAACAGCAGCAAACAGCUGUACCACAAAACAUUUCUGCAAGAGGGCCAGAUUCAGCAGGAUGACUCUUAUCAGCCCUGUCAUUAUAAUAGUGGAGAUGGGCACUUCAUACUGCAGAGAGGCACACUUAGCACAGACAAUGGCAGGCUUAUUAGUUUUGACUCAGUAGGCUCAUUGUCAGUUAGUUCCAGUAAUUACAGCUCUUUAAGCAUGAAGUCAUGUGAAAAAGAUGGAGAGGAUGAAAUAAGCGAUGAUUUUCUAGCCCAUUGCAGUCCCAAACUUAUAAUCCAGCAAAGCAUUGAUGAAAUCACACCUCUGAAGGAGUCUACUGACCUCCUGGACAUCUCCAACUUUACCCCUGACAAAUUCCGCCACUCAUCCCUUUCAGAGAUGUCCCCACCAGAUACACCAAAUCUCUCCCCUCAAAUCACAGGCACAGAUGUUAAGUCAGUAGGGAACAUAAAGGCUUUUCAGAAUGGUACCCAGGUUGUGCUCAAUGGACCAGAAAAGGCCAAGUGGAAUUGUGCUGUUCUUCCUCCACAGGAGCAGACUAAUAGUGGCUUUGCAUUAAAUAACCAUCAGUUUCAGUUUCAUAUGUUUAAUGAUGAGGAUUCUGUCAAUAUUUUGGAGAAAGGUCCAUGUCUGCCAACAUUUGAUGAGUCUGCCAUUCCAAUUCAUGCCAAUGGCAAACCCUCAAAAUCUAAAAAGAAACUGUCUGCCAGCAAAAACACAGGUGCCAACCAAAGUUCUUCUCCAAAAAGUAGCAAGAAGAAAACCCCCAAAGCUAGCAAAGGGGCAGAUAAAACACAGACAAAGACUCCUCGUCAAACAGGCCCCAAGUCAUCCAAGAAAGGGAAAAAUGGAAAAAAUGAAAAAACCCAAAGUGCUGGCAAUCGAUCAGGUCUCAUAAAUAAUGCAAAUUCAACUAAACAGGCUUUAACUGACUGCAUGAAGCUUUAUGGUCCUGGCUCGUCUAAGGCAGGGAAGCACACAGCUGGGGUCAGUGAGUGGACGCUAGAUAAAGGCAGUAAUACUGCAUGGUCCGAUCCUAGGGUAGGUAAUGCCAACAAUCUCCUUGAUGAUGAUCAGAGAGAAUUUGAGGAACCUUCUAACAUUCUUUCCAACAUUGCAUCUGGUAUGGCUGAUGUUCAAAGGUUCAUGAUGGCUUCAAUUGAGCCUUUUUAUAAUCCUGUGGGCCCCAGUGACAUCCCUGAUAUACUGCUGUCUCCAGAAUCAAACAGCCUAAAAUUGAAAACAUUGAAAAUCUUGGCUGGGACACCACAGGAUUUCAAGAAAAAGGUAAAUGGUACCUCAGUGGGAGGGUCCAAAAAGUCAACCAACAAAGGCUCAGGUAAGAACAAUGCUAAGUUUGGGGUCUUUGAUCCAAGCUCUUCAUUAGGUUAUGGAGCCAACCUUCAUGCAGCAUUUUUUGAUAAGAACUUUGGGAACCUCAGUAUUUUAACCAAUAAUGUACCAACUCACAAAAAGUUGUAUCGUCAUAAAUCAACAUCUAAGUCUCUACGAGAUGAAAACUGUAAAGGGAAAAGAAUAGACCAAGCACACAAGGACCCAAUGGUCACAGCUGCAUUUGAGAAACUGAGGUAAUGUUGCACCAAAAUGUCUCAAACAUAUAUUUUUUUUGUUUUGCUUUGUUUUUCUUCACACUUGCUAAGCCUGCUGGUCCUUGUUUAGUUUUCCCUUCAAACCAGUCUUAAAAAUGGCUAAAGCUGCAUGAUAGUCAUUGCCUUGCAUUAAAGAAGAAGCUGCGCAUGACAACUGCUAACGAGCUACCUAAAAAUCACUUGAUUCCUGACGUGGCCGUGUUUUACAAUGACUAAAGACUAACACAAAAUCCUAUUUUCUGCUGUUUGGCUUCUUUAUUUAUGAUAUACUUAUGUGCUUCUUAGUUUCUAAUGCAAAGAUUUUCUUUUACAAACACCUUGUAAAAAUAAAAAAAAAGUAACAAAAAGGAAAAUUAUGCAUUGAAACGCAACAAUGUGGAAUCUAAAGGAUAUGAAACACAUAUGUUGUUUAGAUUCAUGUGGUCCCAUUGAUGUUUUCUUCAGCUCCCCCUGCUGCACAUUCGCAAGAUCUGCCUAGGAGAAUCAAAAUGCGUGAAACUGUGUUUAUAGUCCCACCUACCGAGCUGACAUCGUGCAUUUUUUUCUCUGCAGGAAUCUAGGAAAACAGAAAAAAACUUUUUGGAUUUUCCAAGAGUAAAAAAAAAAAAGAGACUUUUUUUUUUUCUAAAAAAAAAAAAAAUACAUUGAUGUUUAUGUUUUGUUUCUUUGGGAAAAAUAUAUGCCUUGUGGAUUGUUGAUCUGUUAAGUGCUAAAAUCCAGGGUUUACAUUGUGAUAAUUUGUUUGAAGGGCAGCUUAAUCUGGUAUUCUCUGUGAAAGACUGUUUUAAAGUCAUACUGUUGUACAGUAGUUAAUGCACUAUUGCAGCCCACAAAAGAAAUGAAUUUGUGCCAAACUCUGAUCUGUGACUGUACAUAUUUUUAUUAUAUAUAAUAUAUAUAUACAAAUAUAUAUUACUACAUUUCAUUGGUGGGUAAUCUCAGUCUGGAUCUGAGCAUUUUGCUUUACUGCAAACAUUCCAAAAUACACAUUUUAAGUCACAUCUUUUUUUGUAAUGCACCUGACAUACGCAAAGUGACCAUUAAGCUGCAUUAUAUUGGUUCUUCAAACUGCGUACUGAGCAUAGCAUAUAUAGUGCCAUAUUUUCUUACCUCAUAUCAUAGUCUGAUUACUAGAAAACAAACUGAAUAUCAUCUAUAUACCCAAGGAAGACCAAAGGUGACAAAGAUUCACUAUCCCCUGUCUUCAUCUCAUUUUAUUUUUUAGAACACUUCAGCACUAAAGUGCAGAGCAAUAUGCUGCAGGGCCCUCAUUAUUUGACUUCUGCAAUGAUGGGGGCCGUAGCUUAGUCAUAGGUACUGCACAGACAUUUGAUUCCUAAUGCCAGUAUUUUGUAUAAAACAAUGCUUCCUACAAGCGACUACUGUAAAUCUCUAACUAGAAUUCCUUUCCCUUAGAACUGUAGUGGGCUGUUACUUCAGCCGUCAAGAAUUAAACCAAGGUUUCCUGCACUGAUACAGAUUUGUCGGUCUAGAUUGAGCCAAUGACUGACAUACCUGUACGCAGGCAGGAUAACAUUUACGGUAUGCUGCACUGAACUGGAGUUAAAAGCCUUUAUUAUUGAACAAUCAUGCUGAAAAACGAUAAGAAGAAAUUGAUGUGUCCUUUUAAGACAAUAUUGGGAUUUUUGUUAUAUGUUAUUUGUUUGACAUUUUUUUGUGCUUUUCUUUUAAUGUCACUUUUAUGCCAUAGCAUGUUUUAGCACGUCAUUAUAUAGUAUGAAGGGAUUUACACGAGUUUAUAAGAUGUCGGAAACAAUAUUGUACUGAAGUAUGUACAGAGGCAUGUCUCUCGAAACACUUAUUGGUCUAUGUAUCACAGCAAACAUGGACCAAAUGCUGUACAAGAAGAUGUGAGGGACAUAUAUGUGUGUGUGUGUAUAUAUAUAUAUAUAUAUAUAUAUAUAUAAAGCAAAACUAUCCCAUUGAUUAAAUAGAAUUUCUUUUUUGGAUACAUUUGAAGUCUAUAAUCUGUAUCAUUUAUCUUUACCUCUAUUAAAGCAAAGUAAAAGGUAACCUAAGUCUGUAGUGAAAUAAUAUAACUCAAAAGCCAUAAAAAAAAGUGUGUAUGCAAAAAACUGAUGAAAACGGCUGAUAUUAUACAUGGUAACAAAAGUCUAUUUUUUUUGUUACUAUUUAACUUUCAUGUGUGUAAUUUAUUUCCUCUAAAUGAAUUAAAUACAAACCCUGUGAGCAUAUUACUAGUAUACAGCUCAUU